AUGGUCCGCACUGCUGAGGCAAUGACACGCCGCGUGGCUGGCCCUCAGUUCCGUGAUGACAUUCCACAGCGUUCCAAGUUGGAAAUAGACACAGAGAAACAGAAUUAUUAUACGUACUCAUCACGGGAUACCUCUUUGGACCAUGAUGACGACUCCCGCACCUAUUUCCAUUCCCCUUACGGCUCACCAAUCUCCUCUCAUCCCAUACUCGGCAAGCCUAUGCUGCCGUCGAAACGGAGGCGGAGACUCCAGUUCUACAGACCACCACAUUCUAUUAUGCGAUGGAUAUGCUUGGGCGUGUUUAUGAGCUUGCUGUUGUUCAUCGCAUUUCUAUUCCGGUUCACUAUCACCGGUUCCUCAUUUAAGCCUGUGCAGGUAGAUUCGCUCGGACAGAAGCCAUUGCCGCCUUUGUGGGAAAGUUUCCCCUUUCUGACGAGAUAUUAUGGUGGGGUAAAGACACUUGUACCCAGGCAGGAUAAUGUCCCCGAAUAUCCUGGUGAUGGGAUGGCGGAGAAGAUUAUGGACUCUCUAGCAGAUGCUACAAAGGGGGAGGAGAAGUCUGGCAAGAGAUCUGGGGCUAUGAAAAGCUUGAUCUUCAAUCCUUACCCUGAUUAUACCUCUGAAAGCUAUAUUGAGAAGUAUGGCGUCAAGAAUGACUGCUUUUUGGAUCCUGAUAAGAAAACGUCGAUUCCACCCGUACGCCAUUUCUCUGGAAUUCCUAAAGGCUUCCCUGAUGCUGUCAUGGGAUCUAAUAAGCUGUUGGGGAUAAAUGACGAUGUUUGCUUUGAACGAUUUGGUCGUCUUGGUCCGUAUGGCCUAGGCUAUGGCAUUGCUGCGGGAGGCACGGGUGGUGGUCUUGAGGGUGACAGAUCCGGGAUAGAUGAUGUGUGGCACGAAAUCCCUGCCGUUGAUUUCCGGACCGUUAAGUGGGCCGAAGCGCAAGAGCACUGUGCUGUAGCAAACAGUCAUCGAUUCCCUAAACUCGGACCUCCAAGGAUAGAUCGCUUCGCGGUUAUGCAAGCCGGCGCAUCGGCCGCCAGAGACCAGGUCACGGGGAGUUCCCCACCGGAAGACAACAAAGAUUCUGCAAGAGCUACAGCUGUCAAUAGCACAUCAACUCUUCCACGAUCUGCUCUUAUCAUCCGAACCUGGAGUGACUAUAACUAUAAUGAGGAAUCGAUUAUGAAUCUUCGUUCACUAAUCUCGGAAGUAUCAUUGCUGUCUGGAGGAGAAUAUACUGUUAUUUUCCUUAUCCAGGUAAAAGAUGACAACUUGCAAAUAUGGUCCGACGAUGAGACUUACAAUCGCGUGUUGGAGAACGCCCUCCCCCCAGAAUUCCGCGGAAUGGGCAUAUUGUGGUCGGAAAGACAAAUGGGGUUGUUGUAUGGCGGCCUGGAAGAGACAUUUGCACGAGACCUCCCCGUCCAUGGUGUCUAUAGGAGCACCUUCAUGCCUGUCCAAUACUUUUCCCACCAGCACCCGGAAUACGAUUUCAUCUGGAAUUGGGAAAUGGAUGUCCGGUACACGGGCCACUGGUAUCACUUAUUCAAUCAAGUGAGUGAGUGGGCGAAACAACAACCACGUAAGGGCCUCUGGGAACGUAGUUCACGAUUCUACAUUCCAUCCGUUCACGGAUCUUGGGAAGACUUCCGUCAAAUGGUCCGUGUGCAAACCGAGAUUGGAACGGGCAGCCCCAAUAACAUAUGGGCGACUCCUCUUGACAAGAAGCGCCCGAAUGGGCAAUCAGAGUUCAAAGGCGAGAAGCCAAUCUGGGGCCCGCAGCGACCACACGAACAGGACAUUUUAGAGACCGACGGUGAAGGCAUACCCCCCACCACCUACGAAAAUGACAGAUACGAGUGGGGUGUUGGCGAGGAUGCCGAUUUGAUUGUAUUUAACCCUAUUUUCGACCCCGAAGGCACCACUUGGCUCCUUCGCGACGAUGUGACUGGAUUUAACAAGACAGAGGGUUUGCCCCCGCGUCGCGCUGCUAUCAUCACCGCCUCGCGAUUGUCACGAAAACUCCUCGCCACAAUGCACCGUGAGACAAGCAUGAAACGCCACACGAUGUUUUCGGAAAUGUGGCCCGCCACAACGGCUCUCCAUCACGGCUUGAAAGCCGUUUACGCACCUCACUCUGUAUACAUCGACCGCCGGUGGCCUAUCAAGUAUCUUGAAUCAACGUUCAAUGCGGGCCGCAAUGGCGCGACUGGCGCCUCCAAAAUAUCUGUCUUUGGCGACCGGGAACACAAUUUCAGAGGCACAACAUGGUAUUAUUCUGCUGGCCAUUCGUCGAAUCUCUGGCGUCGCUGGUUUGGAUAUAGAGUCGAUGGUGUCGGUGGAGAGGAAUACGAACUUGCGACUGAGGGGAGGAUGUGUUUGCCUCCCAUGUUGUUGCAUCCUAUCAAGGACGUUGAUAUGAUUGUUGAGAGUGUGGAUCGUUGAUGCAGUCCAGAAUUUUCCUCUUCUCUAUCUUUUUUGUUUAUUUAGUAUUACUUUUUUCUUUAUCCUUUUCUUCUUGUGAUAUAUUUGCAUAUAUUUCCAUCCCUGAUUCUUCGCCUCGAUGCUGCUGGCACGUAUCUCUUUAACCCCAUCACGUCUCAUGUUUUGUAUUUUCGACGGACUAGCUUGUUUGUUUACCCCCUCCCCUCGUCAGCUGCACCGUUUUUCUUUAUUUAUCUUACGGAAUUUGCGGACUCUUUAUGCAUGAGAAAUAUAUGACCCUUCUCUCCUACGAUAAUGAUGAACGAUAGACUAUGGACACAGAAACCGCACAUGCGUAAUAUUUAUUGACAAAUCUUAUGAAGCC